AUGUGUGACGUUCCUCCUGAUCAACCAGACAAUAGCAAUAACACUGCAUUACUGUACUCAGCAAUGGGGGGCCAUUCUGACCUAGUGGAAUUCUUAGUUGAGAGAAAUUGUAAUACUUCUCAGCUUAAUUGUGAAGGUGUUUCUUUAUCAUUGUUAGCUUGUCAAAGUGGAGAGUUAGCAUUAGUCCACAAGCUUGAAUCAUUAAACCUCUUCUCACCAGAUUCAAAAGAUUUGUAUCGAUCUGGCAUAAUGUAUUACUCUUCUAUGAAUAAUAAUGUUGAGCUUUUUAAGUAUCUUUUAAAUCGAUAUCAAUUAUCUAUUGAUAUAAAGGAUCGAGCUCAUAGGAUUCCACUUCAUAGUGCUUCAUGGUGUGCCUCAUCAUCAGUUGUUGAGUAUAUU